AACUGGGCAAACCCCGCUCAAGCCCGUCCCACUGAAUGUCCGUCCGGGGAUAAGCAAUUCAACGUCCGUCGUUCAGUUCGUUGCUUGACUUUAUUGGGUGUCUCUCUCACGGCUACUACGAGCAUCGAGCUACCCGACGACACCUUACUUCGCAAUCGGCAUGUCCAUUGAAAGUCCAGCCGAGUUAAUCACACGCUAUCAAUCCCUUGCAUGGUUAUUCCAUCAUGACGGGCAAGCGGUUCACCGAGGACCAGAGGGUCCUUCUCGAAAGGAUGUUGACUCUCAAGGACAAACUGUCCAACCAUGAUAUCGCCUUUAUUCUGGGCUUUGAUGAGCGCACCAUCCGGCGAAGGAGGUAUGAGUUCGAAGCCAAUGGCAGGAUCGCACCACCACCGGAUGUCAGUAAAAAUGCGGAGAAGUUAAAGGCCGUGACCCUCGAGAAACUUGUCGAGUGGGUCAAGGAAAACCCCGAUGCCUUGAUCGAAGACAUGCAAAAGUUCCUCAAGGAGGCCUGCGAUUGCAACGUCAGCAAGGCCACCAUCAGCAGACAGCUGAAGAAAGUUACCAACGAGGACAGACAACUGGGCCGCGUCAAGCGUCUGAAGGCCCGGGCAAAGAGGGCAGCUGAGGGUCGUAACUUUGACUUCACUGCUCAUUCGAGUUCGCGGAGUGCGAGUGCCAGCGUGGCUCCAAAUAGUAGCGCCACCGGUGAACCGCAACCACAAGAACAACAGCCACGAACACAACAAGAACUAGGGCAUCUCCAACAACAGAAACAGCCGCGGAAGCUGCCGCCAGGGCAAAAAGAGCUACCGCAAAUACCACAGCAACAGAGGCAACAAGAGCAACAAGGACAGCAGCAGCAACAGGCACAACAACAGCAACAGCCAGAAGCUCGCUUCGAACCAUUCCAACCUUCAGGCUUGGACUUUCCAACUCCCGAGCUAGCCCUUCUCUCCCUAUCUCGAACCCAGCCACAAGGUCCACCACCGCCACUUGCAGAAAGUAGUAGGGCAGCACCACAGCAAACAGGAACAGGUGCCGCUGCCUAGGAAGACUUCCACCUUUCUUUGCGUCUUGCUCGCUUACGGACUGAAACAGGGAUGGGGUCCCGCGGCAACAAGGACGGUUAAUUCAUGGAUACAACAUAAUGAAUGCCUAUUAUUGUCAGUUGUUUUGUUAGUUAUUAUCAUUGAAGCGAAGGGUAUUAUGUAUGGAUGUAUCAGACAUCACGUAUACGAAUGAGAAAUGAUAGGGAUGGCGUAGGAGUGGGGGUAGGUAGGGGUGUUGUU